CUUCACGCCGUCCGGCUUCUGGGCAUGCGCGUAAGCAGUCAGCCGCGUCCUAUUUCGGCUUCCGUAGCAAAGCUCUUGAAUGGCCAUAGAAACCAAGAUGGCGGCCUCCGAGGUUGCGUGUUACGGAGCAGGACGAUUAAAUCACAAACAAGCCAGGUCUCUUUUAAAGAAGGAAAGACGGAAAAAGAAGCGACAAGAACUAGCGAAACUAAGAGACACAGAAAACAAGGAGCAUGUCAGCGCAGAGGAGGAAGAUGAUGAUUUACAGGAUGAAAUUGAAAGCCAGAGACUACAUGAAGAAUGGUUAGCCCGAGAAGAGAGAGCUCAGGAAGAAUUCAGGCUUAAACUUGAAAAAGAAGCAGCAGCUCGAAAACGUGAAGAAGAAGAGAGAAAGCUAAUAGAAGAAUGGAGACAACAGGAAAUUAAGGAGAGAUCGGAAGAGCCAGAGCAAUUGAAGAAGAGAGAAAGAGAGGAAGCUGUGCAGAAGAUGCUGGAUGAAGCGGAGAGUCAGCUUGCAAAUGGUGUGUGGCACAAUCCGGAGGUACCAGAGGGAUUUGGCACAGAAAAGGAUCGCGCCAACUGCCCGUUCUUCCUAAAAACUGGAGCGUGCCGAUUUGGUGAUAGAUGUUCCCGCAAGCAUUGCUACCCAUCUUCCAGCCAGACUCUGCUUGUUCGUGCAAUGUUUGUUAAUUUUGGGAUGGAGCAGUGUAGACGGGACGACUAUGACACCGAUGCCAGUCUAGAAUAUGGAGAUGAUGAAAUUUAUCAGCAGUUUCUCGAAUUCUAUGAGGAUGUGGUACCUGAGUUUAAGAACGUGGGCAAAGUCAUCCAGUUCAAGGUCAGCUGCAAUUUUGAACCACACUUAAGAGGGAAUGUCUAUGUCCAGUAUCAAACGGAAGAAGAGUGUUUGCAGGCCCUUUCACAGUUCAAUGGCCGCUGGUAUGCAGGCCGCCAGCUUCAGUGUGAAUUUUCUCCCGUCACCAAAUGGAAAUCCGCAAUAUGUGGGCAAUUUGAUAGGCAAAAAUGUCCUCGCGGCAAACAUUGCAAUUUUCUACAUGUCUUCAGGAAUCCAAAUAACGAAUUCUGGGAGGCAAAUAGAGACCUAAACAUAUCACCAGAUAGGAGUAACCCAAGUGAGCGGAGGGAUCGGUCCAGUCGAUAUGACAACCACGGGAUGUCCAGAAGAUAUCGCAGCUCCAGCCCAGACUCCAAAAGGAACGGAGAUUCUAGCAGCAGAAAAAGCAACCACCACAAAAAGAAGAAGAAGAGGAAGAAACAUCAUUCGCACAGGUCGAGAAGCCGCAGAAGGUCACGCAGCCGGAGCAGAAAGAAACGCAAGCACAAAAGUCACAGCCAUAGUUCUUCUAGAUCCGGAGGCAAAAGAAGCAGAAGUUCAUCUAGGUCAAGAAGUCGGAGCAGAAAAAGCCGAAGUCGUUCUAGUUCCAGAAGCCACGGCAGAAGACGGUCGAAGAGCAGAGAGUGGAGCCCUCAGAGCCCCAGUGUGCAGAAGUAGUACAACCAGGUUCGGUAUGGCCACAUGGAGAGCCGGCAGAUCCCGAUCCAGUAUCGGUCUAUGGAUACAAUGUAUCUUCAUUUCAGUGGAACCGCUGUGACUUUUCUCAGUGAUGUGAUGUGUAUGGCACAAUCCAACAUUAAUUCACUGAAUAGUUGUGAGGAGCGCAUGGAAAAGUGUAAAUGCCUUUUGUUUUUUUUUUAUUUGUUUUUUCUAUUAUUCAAAAUUGUAAAUAUUUUAAAUUAAAAAUGUAAAAUUAUAGAUUUUGGGCAAAAGUGUAUUUACAUUUUAUUUAUUUAUCUUAAGUGCCAAGCUGUCCAAAAUAAAAAAUGUUUUUGCAUUUUUUGGAUUUGGAGCACUCCAGGUGGCACUGUGUUGUCUGGUGCAGAGCCUUAGGGAGUGGAACAUGAUACAGGAAUUCUCUGUGUUGAGUCAUGCUCCACUC